GUACGUUUGGCUUAUUUGCCUGCAAAGACACGUAAGAAAAACUGUGAAAAAUCACGAAGAAAAAGGACAAAGACCAGCUGGAAAAGUGCAUUUUAACAUACUGAAGAACAAUGCCAAGUAAAAUCUUAUGCUUAUUCGAUGUGGAUGGGACCCUGACGAAAUCCAGACAAAGUAUUGAUGCAGAAUUUGAAGAAUUCUUGCAGCAGAAGUUGAAAUCUAUAUGCACUUUAGGUAUUGUGGGUGGUUCAGACCUUAGAAAAAUCUCUGAGCAAAUGCUUGGAGAUGAUCUUAUCCACCGUUACGAUUACGUCUUCGCAGAAAACGGCCUAGUAUACUUCAAACAGGGAAAAGAAGAAGCAAAACAAAACAUCCAAAAACACAUGGGCGAAGAAAAACUCCAGAAAAUAAUCAACUUUGCUUUAGGCUACUUAUCCAAAAUAAUCCUACCAGUAAAGCGUGGUACUUUUAUCGAAUUUAGAGCAGGAAUGUUGAAUAUAAGCCCAAUAGGUCGCUCUUGCUCUCAAGAAGAAAGAGAUGCCUUUGAAAAAUAUGACCUGGAACAUAGAAUUCGUGCCAGCAUGAUUCAGGCAAUUGAAAAAGAAUUUCCAGAUAUUGGAUUUACUUAUAGUAUAGGUGGACAAAUAAGUUUUGAUGUGUUUCCUAAUGGAUGGGAUAAGACUUAUUGUUUAAGGUUUCUAGAAAAAGAAGGUUUUGAUGAAAUUCACUUUUUUGGAGACAAAACUGACAAAGGCGGCAACGACUAUGAAAUAUUUAACGAUAAAAGAGUUAUUGGACAUAAGGUUACUAGUCCAGAAGACACCAAAGCACAAUUAGAAAAAUUGUUUAAUUUAUAAAAAUACAUAUAAUCAAUCAUGCCCCUUGAUAUUUGGGUUUUCUUUUUUCUUUAAAAGCCCUUAAACCUUCUAAUCUGUCUUUGGUAGGUAUAAUUUGAGCAUAGCAAGCUUCUUCAAUGGCUAAACCUACAAUAAACACAAUUUAGUAAAAACCAAUAAACUUAUUCCAAUAAACCUGUAUAUAAAUCCACUUCAAUUCCUCUAUUAAUAGCUUGUUUGGCCAUUUGUAUAGCCAAAGGCCCAUUAGGCACAAUUUCCUCCGCAAUAGUCAAACAUUUUUGAUAAGCCCCAUCUCCAGAUUCGUUCUGAUCCACCACAUGAUUAACCAACCCAAUUCCAAAUGCCCCAUUUCCAUUUAAAACCCUUGAACUAAAAAUCAAUUCUUUUGCUUUUGAAACACCAACAAUCCUUGGUAGUCUUUGAGUACCUCCUGCACCAGGUAUAAUGGCAAGUUUUGUUUCAACAAGGCCCAUUUUUGCAUCAGAAGAUGCUACUCUGAUAUCACAGGCUAGGGCGAUUUCUAGGCCUCCUCCUAAGGCUACACCGUCAAUUGCAGCUAAUACAGGUACAGGGAUGUUUUGUAAUUUGCUCAUUAGGCUUCUGAGGUUUGUGACAAAGUCUGAUACUUGUUUGGGGGUCAUUUCUGCGCGUUCUUUUAAGUCAGCUCCAGCGCAGAAGAUUUUGGGGCUCGUGCUUCUGAGUAUAGCCACUUUAGUGCGGUUUUCAUAUUUGAGUUUAUCAAUAUAGUGGUGGAGUUGGUUGACUAAGUUAAUGCUGAAUGCAUUUUUUUGUUCAGAUCUG